AUGGCCUGUAUUCUGCUGACAGACAUGGACCCACCCAUCUCCAGUCCUACAGCACAUCUCAAUGGCCUCCUUCCAGAUCACAAUCCAGCCACUGGCCUCGACCCCAAGCAGGACGUGGAUGCCACCUGCCUCAUUGUUCACCUUUUCUACCUGGGGAAGGACGGAGGAGAGGGUGGUUCAGAAAAUGGUUCGGAAAGUGCGCUCACGUUUCCACCUGGGGAGUACGUAGCAGAGGAACUGUGCAUCAGUGCAGCGAAAGCAUGUGGGAUCGCUCCAGUGUACUGCAGCCUGUUUGGCCUGAUGAGGGAAAGUGACAGGAUAUGGCUCCCUCCUAAUCACAUCUUUAAAGUGCACCAGUCAGCCACUGAAAGCCUGCACUUCAGAAUAAGAUACUAUUUUCCUGGCUGGUAUAACAGCGGCAAUUCAUUGUACGCCCAUCGCUAUGGUGUGUCCAAGGGGACAGAGAGCCCUGUCAUGGAUGAUUGUGUCAUGGCAUACCAGUUUUCUCAGUGGCGAAGUGACUUCCUGAAUGGCUGGAUUCACAUUCCGGUGAGUCACGAGGCCCAGGAGGAGUGUUUGGGCAUGGCGGUGCUGGACAUGAUGAGGCUUGCCAAAGAGAGUGGUCAGUCACCUAUCGACAUCUACAAUGAUACCAGCUACAAAUCCUUCCUGCCAAGAUGCAUGCGAAGCCGCAUCCAGGAAUACAACAUCUUGACUCGGAAGAGGAUCCGCUAUCGCUUCAAGAAGUUCAUCCAGCAGUUCAGUGAAUGCAAGGCCACGGUGUCUAAUCUCAAGCUCAAAUACCUGAUGAGUCUGGAGAUGCUGCUACCCUCCCUCUUUUCUGAGCGCUUCCAAGUCACCGACCUCUCUGCACGUGAGGUUACCAUUGUAGUCAUGGGCAACACGGGCAUCCAGUGGUCAAAAGGGAAAGAGGAAGAGGAAGCAGAGGAGGAGCUGCAGACGUACUGUGACUUCCCAGCAGUGAUCGACAUCAGCAUCAAACAGGCCAAUAAGGAGGGCUCUGUGGAGAGCCGCAUAGUUACGCUCACCAGACAGGACAACCAUACCCUGGAACUGGAGUUUCGUUCGCUCUCAGAGGCUCUGUCAUUUGUGUCAUUGGUUGAUGGGUAUUACAGACUGGUUGCAGAUGCCCAUCAUUAUCUGUGUAAAGAAGUGGCUCCACCAAGACUUCUUGAGUGCAUACAGAGCUACUGCCAUGGCCCUGUGUCGAUGGAGUUUACGAUCGGUAAGCUGCGUCGCUCUGGUAACCACCAAGGCCUGUACAUCCUUCGCUGCAGCCCCAGGGACUAUGACAAAUACUUCAUGUCCUUUGUGGUGGGGUGUGAAACAAGGGUGGACUAUAAGCACUGUCAGAUCGUGAAGACAGAGUCAGGGGAGUACAUUCUGAGUGGUGCGAAGAGGAGCUUCGGCUCGCUCAGGGAACUACUGCACUGCUACCAGAAGGAGGCGCUCCGCACUGAUGGAUACACAUUUCAGCUGACCAGGUGCUGCUCACCCAGCUUCAAAGAUAAAUCCAACCUGGUGGUGUGUAGAAAUAAUCAAGGGGCAGAUAUUCCUCUGUCUCCCUCGCUUCACAAACACAACAUCAGCCAGAUGGUCUUUCACAAGAUCCGGAAAGAGGACCUGGUCAUCAAAGAGAGUCUAGGCCAAGGAACCUUCACUAAGAUCUUCUGCGGUGUGAGGAAAGAGCUGGGAGACUACGGAGAGGUGCACCAGAUAGACGUCGUGAUCAAGAUCCUGGACAAGGCUCACCGCAACUAUUCAGAGUCCUUCUUUGAAGCAGCCAGUAUGAUGAGCCAGCUGUCCCACAAGCACUUACUCCUCAACUAUGGCGUGUGCGUCUGUGGCAAUGAGAACAUGAUGGUGCAGGAGUAUGGGAAAUUUGGCUCACUGGACACCUACCUGAAAAAGAAUAAGAGCUGUGUAAACAUCACCUGGAAGCUAGAAGUGGCCAAGCAGCUAUCCUGGGCUAUGCACUACCUGGAGGAUAAGAACCUCAUACAUGGAAAUGUCUGUGCCAAGAAUGUUCUUCUGAUCAGAGAGGAGGAUCGGAUGACGGGCAGCCUGCCCUUUAUCAAGCUCAGUGACCCUGGUAUCAGCAUCACCGUGCUGCCCAAAGAAGUUCUGGUGGAGCGUAUCCCAUGGGUGCCCCCCGAGUGCAUUGAAGACUCCCAAAACCUGAGUUUAGCCACAGACAAGUGGGGCUUUGGGACCACGCUUUGGGAGAUCUGCAGUGGUGGCGACAAACCACUCAGCACCUUGGACUGCUCCAAGAAACACUUGUUCUAUGAGGACAGACACCAGCUGCCAGCUCCUAAAUGGACAGAGCUGGCCAAUCUUAUUAACAGCUGUAUGGACUACGAGCCCUCACACCGACCCUCCUUCAGAGCCAUUAUCAGAGAUCUCAACAGCCUCUUCACGCCAGACUAUGAGCUGCUGGUGGAGAGUGACAUGGUGCCCAACCGGACAAGAGGCUUCGGCUUCCCAUGGGCCUCCGAGAACCAGGAGCCUGCCCAGUUUGAGGAGAGGCACCUCAUCUUUCUCAAGCAGCUGGGCAAAGGGAACUUUGGUAGUGUGGAGAUGUGCAGGUACGACCCCCUGCAGGACAGCACAGGGGAGGUGGUGGCUGUGAAGAAACUGCAGCACAGCACAGCCGAGCACCUCAGGGACUUUGAGCGGGAAAUCGAGAUCCUCAGAUCCCUCCAGCAUGAAAACAUUGUCAAAUACAAAGGAGUCUGCUACAGUGCAGGACGAAGGAACCUACGGCUGAUCAUGGAGUAUCUCCCCUACGGCAGCUUGAGAGAUUAUCUCAUUAAACACAAGGACCGCUUUGAUUGCAACAAACUGCUCCACUAUGCAUCACAGAUUUGCAAGGGUAUGGACUACCUUGCCACGAAGCGAUACAUCCACAGAGACCUGGCCACGAGGAACAUUCUGGUGGAGAGCGAGAUGAGGGUGAAGAUCGGUGAUUUUGGCCUGACGAAGGUGCUGCCACAGGACAAAGAGUACUACACUGUCAAAGAGCCUGGGGAAAGCCCCAUCUUUUGGUAUGCUCCAGAGUCGCUGACAGAGAGCAAGUUCUCUGUGGGAUCAGACGUUUGGAGUUUCGGUGUUGUCCUCUAUGAACUCUUCACUUACAGCGACAAGAACUGCAGCCCACCUGCGGUGUUUAUGGACAAGAUGGGGAAUGAAAAGCAGGGUCAGAUGAUUGUCUACCAUCUGAUAGACCUGCUCAAAAACGGAUACAGGUUGCCUGCUCCUGAUAAUUGUCCAAAGGAGAUUUACAAGAUUAUGACAGAGUGCUGGAGCAGUGAGCCAAGCCUGCGCCCUACUUUCAAGACAUUAAUUCACAGUGUGGAGAGUGUGCGAGACAGCAAGGACGGAUGAGCGGCAUUGAUCCCUGAACCUUUGACCUUUAGGUGCUGACUCCCCGGGGGGGGGGGGGGGGGGCGUCCUCACGGAUCUUAACAGAACAAUGAAUGUCUUGGAGAUGUCUGGGUUUACUGCAGCCGUAAAUUCCCUAGUCCAAAGUGAAGUUGAUUUUAGUUUUUCUUUUGGUGAUCGGCAUGUCUGUCAGCCUAUUUAAGAUUUACCCAAAUAAGGAUGAUGAAUGGGCACAUUCACUUUCUCAGCAGUUGACCCACUUCUUAAAGGAGCUUUAUACGAUAAUAGAGUAUUAAUAUAGCAGCAAACAACUAUUUGCUCUGUAGAGAUACAGUGGAGUAAUGAUGUGCUGAGCAGAGAAUCCAAGCUUCUCUGUUCUUUGUUGUGGUAGACAGUCCGACCCCACGUGCAUAUUAGUGCGCAUGUAUUGUAGUCCAUGUGUAUUCCACUGGCUAGCUUAUCACCGCUGCUCAGCACCGCACUCAUACGCAAGUUACCCCUAAUGUCAGGACAGCGUAGAGGCGAAAGCGUAGCGCCCACCCUCCAGUUCCCCUCCGGUUAACCCCAUUAGCACUAGUAGCUGCUAGCCGCUAGCUAAGGCACCUCCAUAUUGAGAGCUUUGUGCAGACAACCUCUGAAUGAUAGAUCUGCUCUUUAUAUCCUAUAGUGCUCCUUUAAUAUGGCAUUUACGAUUUAUCUGAUUUAUUACUACACUACAUGUGACUCAGACAACAAACAGAAGAUAUAUCAGAUGCCUUUAAAAAAAAUUCAUAGUGGGAUAGAUUACUUUAUUUGACUUUUUUUGUAUAUGUUGUUUUACAAAUAGAAUUAGACGAUAGACAUGGACUGGAAAAAUGAUACUUUUCUAAGAAUCCACAAUUUUUUUUAUUUCAAGGGACUUCUGUGGAAUGUUGAAGCCUUAAAAUAAAUAUUUGUACCAAAACAUGUAUGUAUUACCAACAAGUAGCAUGUUGUUAAUGCUCAGUCCUUUGAAUUUUGUACUUUAAUCGCUGUAAAAUGAGCAGUUUCUUUUGUCAAACCAAAGAGCCAUCUUACUGCACACCUGAACCUCAAGGCACCGCUCAUGUGUGGCUGAACAUUUAUAAAGGACUGGAAGUGAACUGCUGGAUAGUUUUAAGCCUGAUAAAGGACAGACCAUGAAUGUAAAGCACCAGCUAUACUUCUGCCACAAUGGGACCCAUUGGGAAAUUUCUACCGGUGUUUUUGAGUUACAUUCCUGCAGUUACAGUGGACUUACAGAUAUUCAUUGUACAUUGAGGAUGAUUCUGUGUUCUGAGCUGAUGAAGCAACAGCAGAAGUACCCAGAUCUUUCCACAUAACAGAGGUCAGACUUUGUAUCAACUGUUGUUCGUUUACAUAAUUUCAUACAUCAAUAUUCCAGUACAUUAAAGAGACAGCAAUAACUGAGCUGGGUGUCUAAUAGUGUCAUAUCAUGAACUCAUACAGUGUUUUUGAACUUAUGAUGUCACCUUUGUAAUUAGUAAUUUGUAUAUUUCUAUAAAUACAGUAUGAGAUUUUCAGUGUUGGAGGCUGCCUGUGGAUACUUUACGUACAAAUAUAUUUUCUGAAGAUGGAGAAAGAAGUCAUGAAGGGAGAUGCUUUUAUUUUCUGCAGCUUGUUGUUACAAGUGACGACUUUAUUUAAAUCUUCUUUGACUUUUGUUCAUGUCAUUAUUUUGCCACCCAUUUAAAGUUGUCUAACAGCUGGUGUAUAUGUUGAAUGUGUGUGUGUGUGUUAUGAUAUGCAUUACAGUGUCGGCCACAAGUGGAUCAAUUUGUCACAAGGGGAUUAUUUUCCUUUAUGUUCCAAAUGUUACUGACUGAAAGUUAUUUCCUCUCACCAGUUUCAACCACAGACUGUAUAAAAUAAAGGAUGUAGCCGCCAUGAUGUCACCCACUGGUUUGUGGAUUCCCAUUUUAGAGUGUUGUAGUACUUGGGAAAGAGCUUGGUGUCAAGACCAUACUCAAGGCCACCUUUUGAAGGUCUUGGUCUCAUCUGAGACUCAAAGGAAUUUUUACUCAUUCUUGUCUUGGUUUCAGAGAAAUAGGGCUUAGGAUUUUAGACCACAACUGCGAGGUCAUCACUGAACUGCCUGUGCAAAAAAGAGUUGAGUAUAGGCAAAGUAAAUAUCAGCUCCUCACUGUCUCUUAUCAAGACAGCUCUUGUGGUACCCUUAGAUAUAGGCUGGCACAGUGAUGCAGUGGUUAGCACUGCUGACUCACAGCAAGAAGGUUCCAGGUUUAACCCUGGGUCUUUGUUUGCAUGUUCUCCUCAUGUCAGCAUCACUUUUCUGCAGCUUCUCUGGCAGGUUAGGUUAAUUGGCGACUCUAAAUUGCCCGUAGGUGUGAAUGUGAGUGUGAAUGGUUGUCUGUCUCGAUGUGUUGGCCCUUCAAUCAUCUGGCACCCUGUCCAGGGUCCACCCUGCCUCACAUCCAGUGUCAGCUGGGGUUCCCCGCAACCUUUAAUAGGUUGAGCAGAUACUGAUAAUGAAUAAAUUAAUAAAACACACACUUCCACAUACACACAUAUAUACAAUACGGCAACAGAAGAGGUGAAUGAGGAGGAAUCUUUAUUUGUUUUCUGCGGGAGUGUUUAUUAUCAAUCAAUCAAUCAAUCAAUCAAUCAAUCAAUCAAUCAAUUUUAUUUAUAAAGCCCAAUAUCACAAAUCACAAUUUGCCUCACAGGGCUUUACAGCAUACAACAUCCCUCUGUCCUUUGGACCCUCACAGCGGAUAAGGAAAAACUCCCCAAAAAAAACCCUUUAACGGGGGAAAAAAACAGUAGAAACGGUAUGUGAAUCUUUCAGUGCUGAUGGUGUGCAUGUUCCACAUUUUAUCACAAGUGUGUCAUGCAGUGUGGGACUCGCACUGGAGUGGUCUUGGUCUUAACUCGGUUUUGAUACACUCUGGUAUUGGUAUUGGUCAUGAUCAGUUUAGGUGGUCUUGACUACAAGACUGGUUUUGAAGCUCGAGUUUGCCAUUUUGGUUGGUGCCAUCUUGGAUUUUUGGAGCCAGAAGUGGUGGCCAUGUUUGGAUGAGAAGGUGGAGCUGGGGAGGAGCGAGGGGUGGAUCUGAGUCAUACGCCAAGCAGACAGCCUGUCACUCAAAGCAGCAUAGCUUUGUGCCUUAGUAAGAUUUAAACCGGCGAGUUAUAUUAAAAAAAAUCACCCCUGUACAGUUGUCAUGAAGGGGGAAAUAAGCUGUGUUCUAUGUUUUUUCUGUUGUAAAGUUGGGCAUUCUAACAUGGGUGUCUGUGAGGACUGACUCAGUUUUGGAGCCAGCCUCAAGUGGAUGAACUGCAGCUUUUGGCACUUCUGCAUUGGCUUCACUUUUCGCUGCAUGGUCUCAACUGGUGAGAGGACAGUCAGUCCUUGAAAAGACUUGAAAAGAAUCUAAUUUGUGGAAGAGCAUCUUUCCCACUUACAUCUUACAUACAAAAAAAAAUUUAAAAAAAUCCAGUGUUGUAUUUACAACAUUAAGGGAGGGAGACACAUAAUGUCAAACGACGGAUGUCCUCACAUCGUCAAGUAUGAGUCACUGUAAAGAGCGUGUCACCACAAAACAUACAGAGUGUCUCUGAAGCUCCCACGCUCUAACCUCUGGGCAGUAUCACGCCGGCCUAAAUAUUUUGGCCAUGUCAAAUCUGUUGUGAAUGAGAGACUGUUAGUUCCUGCCGAGUUGCUAUAAUGCCAAGAUAGAAAAUGUUGCUGCCUAAUGGGUUGUUUUUGUCACCCAAACAGCCAUUAUUGUGACAUAUGUACAGUGGUGUUUAAAACCAAAUGUGAUUAUUCUGUGUGUCAUUUUUCCUCAGAAGACAUUUGGAAAAACACAAAAUGUUUAAACAGAUUUAACUGGUGUUUUUUUUCCAUUUAUUUCAAUUUUAUUUUGGUGCAGUGUGAAUGACAUAAAGCCUGGUGGUACCUUUAAUACAUUUAUGCGAAUAUGGAUGUAAAUAGUGAAAGAUGGAUGUGCUGUAUAUUCCAGGUGUGUAUAUACUUUUAAUAAACAAAACAUUUUAGCACAGUA